AUGAAGACAAAAGUUAUAAUAUUAUUACAAUUGUUAACUAUAGUUUUAGGAAAUCCACAAAGGAUCUCAAACGAUGACGAUAACGUAGAACAUUUAGAAAUGAAAUUAACCAAAGCUAUGGAUGCGUUGAACGAAAAGGAUAAUAUUGAUAUUUAUGGUAACAUUGUAACGUUGCAAAAAGUAGCGGUAGAAGAAGAUUCAGGGGAAAUGAAAAAAGAUGUUGAUGAUCCAUUGGUGGAAAGGAUCGAAAGAUUUUUCGCAACUAGAAAGAUUCAUAUCAAUUUUCCUAAUGACGGAUCAUCAGCGGAUUUCUUUGGACGUGCUUUAGGACAAAAGGAUGUUGAUAUUGAACUCAAAAGUCUUGCACGUGGUGCUUCCGAAGCACGCACGAAAUUGAAGAGAAUGUUGAUGCCAAUACUAAUUGCAUUAAAAUUAAAGGCCCUGAUAGUUUUACCAAUCGUUAUCACGCUGAUUGGUUUUAUCGGAUUUAAAGGGCUCGGAGCUGGUUUGAUAGCACUAUUGAUUUCCGGUGCUGUAGCAUUGAAAGGUCUCGUAACACCACUUCCACCACCGAGAGUUAGUUACAGUGUUGUAAAACCCUACGACGUACAUGAGCAAUGGCAAAGAUCUCAAGAAGAAAUUAAUCAACCCUACAGAGGAUGGGCGCCGGAAUACAAUGGGGAACAAUAUCCUUAUCAAGAUAUACCUUGA